AUGAGUAUUAACAUAACUAAUGUAAUUAAAACAUCAAAUAAAACAUAUAUAAUUGGUGUUAACGCUCAAUAUGCCUUGGCUACAAAUGGUCAAUAUCUAUUAACUAAUGAAAACGACAAGGUAUGCUUAUAUGAUAAAGAUAAUUUGGGUACGGUCACCACAUUGACAUGGAUAAAUGGGAAUAUUAUGGAUAUGUGUUGGUGCUCGACGCUAAAUGCUUAUUUACUAAUAACUCAUAGCAAGGCUUAUGUUCUGAAUAUGAUAGACAACAAACUAAACAAGAUUGAGUCAAUAAAUAGAUCUAAUAAUACAAUUAAUUACAUUUAUCGUUGUGUAUGUACUGAAAAAACAUUUUUUGUUACUUAUUACAAAUAUGGUACACCAAUAGAUGAAUAUGAUUUAACAUCAUCAUCAUUUUCGCUAAUUAAACAAUGGAAAACGCCGGAAACAUGCAAAGAAGAUGAUAUUAUCCUAGAUAUUCUAUAUAACAGUCAUACAAAUCGACUAGGUAUUUUGAUUGGAGCUCAACAAUCUUGUCGUUUAGAUAUACGUAAUUUAACAAUGAUUGCUAUUUGGUCAGUAGAUUUAUUCCAAAUUAAAAGUAAUUUUUAUUGUCGGUUAUCGCUGUUACCAGCUAAUGAAUGGCUCAUUAUUGAUCCACAAAGUUCGAGUUUCUUUCAAAUAACAGCAGAUGGUAAACUAAAUGCUCAUGUUCGAGAUAAGAGAGAACCGAGAAAUGCGACAAUGUUCGGAUCGAAUUUGUUUGCUAUAAUCACUAAUGAUGGGCUCAGCGUACAUGAUGUCUAA